GAUAUACAGAGUUAUCGGUCGUUAUCGGAGUUGUCUUUCUUGCGUGAAGGUGACGACACUUCCUUCUCUUCCGUAACGAGUGUAAACAAUCAGUAAACUAAUGAAAAUAGAAGACAUAAAUGAUAAAUAAAACUACUGUCGAGGACUUUUUAACUUUGAAGAAAAGUGAUUUAGUACUAUUCCUGAGAUCAAGCAGUGCAAAGAUAUCUGGGAAUAAAGACGAACUUGCACGAAGAGCCUUUGAAACUAAUCAAACAAACAAUGGCGUGACUGCGUCACUGUCGACAGUUCUUGUUUCUCAACACUCUUUCACUAAUGACAAUGUUGAUAUUCCCCCUUAUAAUGAACUAAACUCUGGGUGGACUAGUGAUCUAUCUUUGCUGCCACUUGUUUCCCAUCAGGAUGUGGAAUCCUUUCUCAUUCACAGCAGUCACAGAACUGGAGACAAUGAGCAAAUGUUAUGCUAUCGCCAGUUCAUCCGUGGAUAUAACUUUUUUAAAGAGAACUAUGUUCAUGACUUAAUGAUAAACAGUAUCGAUGAUGAUUGUGAAAGUUGUUACAUCAGAUCAAAGUGUUACCCUUCCAUGAAACAACAGGGACCAUAUCAACAAUGGAUUUUAAUUUCAAAGAAAACACCUGUUGUAGUUUUCAAAGCCAACUGUAGUUGUCCAGCUGGCCUAGGUGAAGGAUGUACCCAUAUCGCAGGUCUUCUCUUCAAGCUUGAGGCAUGUGCACAGGAAAAAGAAAAUACUGCAUGUACUUCAAAACCAUGUAAUUGGAAUAAGGGAGGUAAAAGGAAAAAAGAUCCUCAAGAAGUGCUAAACAUAUCUUUCAAAAAGUUAAAAUAUGGUGGAAAUGAACCAUGUGCAAAUGAAAAGAAAAAUAAAUUUACUGUGAAAAAUUCCAUUACUGACCAAGGUCAGGAUUUUUUAUCACUAUUAACAGCUAAAUUAGGAAAUUUGAAUUAUUCUCCAGCAAUUUUUGAUUUAGUUGCCCCAAGUUGUGAAGUUUAUGACAUUAAUAGUGACAUAAAUGUAGUUAAUUUUGAAGAAGUUGAGACCUCUGAAUAUUUACAUUUUGAAUCUGACAGCUACAUAGACAUUAUGUCAAUUGUUCAAAAAGAACCAGCAAUAAAUGAGACCAUACUGCUCGACAAAUUUGUGAAUAUUCCCCAGACAGUAAUUGAUGAGAUAGAAAAAAGAACAUUAGGUCAAUCUGAAAAUCAACUUUGGUUUGAUACCAGAAAAUUUAGAAUAACAAGUUCAAAUUUUCACUCUAUUAUUUCACACAAAAAGGCAGAUGUCGAUAAAUUAGUGCAAUCUUUUUCUAAGUCGGCUAAGGUAAUCAAUGUGGCACCAUUAAUUUGGGGACGAAAGCAUGAACCGAUAGCAAGAAAAAAAUAUAUUGCUCACAGAAGAUUAAAAUAUGGUGAAAAAUUUUUUGUAAAAGAAUGUGGUAUAUUCUUAUGUGACAAAUUUGGAUUUCUUGGUGCUAGUCCUGAUGGACUUGUUAAAAAGUGCACAAAGCUUGGUGAGGAAAAGUGUGUACUAGAGAUAAAAUGUCCAUGGAAAUGGAGAAUGAAAACAAUCAGAGAGGCAUGUGCAAGCAAAGAUUUUUUCCUUGAAAUUGAUGAACAAAACAAUAUGCAACUGAAAAAAUCCCACAAGUAUUUUUCUCAAAUACAAGGACAAAUGGGAAUUUGUAAAUAUGAGAAUUGUGAUUUGGUAAUUUACCUUUUGAAUGAUUUUCUCACAGUUGAAGUAAAAUUUGACAAAUUGUAUUGGGAGAAUAUGGAACAAAAGCUUAUUGAAUUCUAUAAAGAGAAUAUGGUUCAACAUAUUGUAUCAUGUAGCCAAAGUCUUCAGUCUGUUGAUGAUUGAUUUGAGUGACAAUUCUUAGUAAAAUGUAUAACAAAUGUAUAAGAAGUAAAAUGUAGUAAGGCUUAAUAAAAUUGAAGUUCUAAAUCCUCAUUCCCUUCCCCUCCUGUUUUCUCAGUGCCAAAAUGAUAAUUUGAAACACUUAAUGUGUAUUAUAAAUACAUAAUAAAGUUCUAGUGGUAAGCAAAUGACAGUCUAAAUAAAUUUUAUUUGGCCUUAUUUUCAUUAGAGUCAUGACAGUCUAUCCAUUUUGAGUUAUUGCAGAAUAUUAAAAUAACAUACAUUCUUAUAGAAAUAAUUUCUAGAAAAAA